AUGCACGCUCCAAUAGCAGACUUUCUCGCCAGCACUGCCAGCGAAGAGGUCACCGAUACUGAAGAGGAGGCCUUCCUGCUGUUCAGCCAGGAGAUCCCCACCACCAACCUGGGGUUCGUCGAUUCUCGCGCUUCGUCCCUUGACGUGACGAUCCGUGGCAACGAGUAUACCAUUCAUCAAUCCCCCACAUUGCUUUCUUCUGCUCGAGCGGGAGGUACCACUGGCGCCGUCCUCUGGAAAAUCACUCCUCGCUUUGCAGAAUGGAUCUCCUCCCCAACAAACCCCCUCUGGACACAUUCCCUUCUAUCAUCUGCCUCGGUGGUGACUGAGCUGGGCUGUGGCAUCUCGGCGCUGGUCGCCUUGGCCUUGGCCCCUUCUGUACAGCAUUACAUCGCCACAGACCAAGAAUACGUGCGGCGCGUAUUCCGGACUAAUCUCGACGCCAAUGUCUCUGUCUCAUCAGCCGCGUCUGCAUCUGGUAAACUGAAGGGUAGUAAGACCAGAGGCAGCAGUAGAUCGACGUCCAAGGGUAAGCAGCCCUUCAAAGCCACCACAAGCAAUAUCACAUUCACCACGCUGGACUGGGAGCUCGACCAGCCUGAGCUGUUGAAAGGGUGUAUCGAGUCCGAGUCUGGCAGCCAUCUUGGACAUGGACAUGAACAAGGCGAAGAAGAAGACCGAGGCUUCGACCUCCUUCUUUCCUGCGACUGCAUCUACAACGAAGCCCUAGUCGCGCCGUUUGUUCGCACCUGCGCCGAGAUAUGCCGUCUCCGGCCUGCGUAUGAGCCCUCCAGUGAAAAGACAUCACAGGCCCGUCGUCAGCCCACGGUGUGUAUAGUUGCGCAGCAGCAGCGAUCGCCGGAGGUGUUCGAAACGUGGCUACGGGAGACACUGCGUGAAUUUCGUAUUUGGCGACUUAGUGAUAAGGUGCUAGGGGACGGACUGAAGGGAGGUACCGGAUACCUGGUGCAUCUCUUGUUAGCGAGGGGGAAGAGUUGA